CGUCCAUUCAUCCAUCCAUCCAUCCCUCCAGCCUUCUUCCCAUCAUCACCAGCUCCAUUCGCCUUCUCACCCUGCCAACUACCCCGCUGAUUCCAGCUGGCUUUCAGCUCCAACUCCCUCGUCAUUUCCGAUUCUCCCCCUCCCGGUUCCCCCUGCAUUGGGCUAUUCGCCAUCCUAAAACCUUGCCGUGCUCGCCUACGUCGACAUGAAUCCCUCCGUCCCACCCUCGACGGCCGAAUAUGGUGGAGAUGAGGUUUCGGCAAUUGUGCUCGAUCCCGGCUUCUCGACGACACGGGCGGGCUUUGCAGGGGAGGACACACCCAAAUCCCUGAUUCCAACAUACUAUGGUAAAUAUUCGUCAGAUGGACAGGAAAGUUUCGUUUUCGGUGACGAUAUCUUUGUUACACCCCGGCCCGGUCUGUCAAUCCACAACCCAAUGGGCCGGGAUGGCAUCGUGGAGGACUGGGACAUGGCCGAGAAAGUGUGGGAGUACGCCUUUACUUCGCGUCUGACGGGCCCGAAGCCUGGUAACCCUCUGCAGAACGGGCUAAACGACGUGCCGGAGGGCGAAUUGUCUACAGAGAUGGAAGGGGUGGAAACCGAGGAAAAGCUGCUCUCUGAUAGCCCACUGCUGAUGUCGGAGCCCGGCUGGAAUCCCACGAAAGCGCGCGAGAAGACCAUUGAGAUUGCAAUGGAAAAGUGGGGGACCCCGGCCUUCUAUCUGGCCAGGAAUGGAGUUCUCGCGGCCUUUGCGGCCGGUAAAGCAUCCGCUCUGGUGAUUGACAUUGGCGCGUCCAACAUCUCCGUGACCCCGGUUCAUGACGGCAUGAUACUGAAGCGAGGAGUGCAACAUUCCCCCCUCGGCGGCGAUUAUGUCUCAUCUCAGAUUCGCGCACUCUUCAAGUCAAACACACCACAGCCGAUAUCGAUCACGCCUCAUUAUCUAAUCUCGUCGAAGACGGCGGUCGACGCUGGCCAGCCCCCACAAGCCAAAUACAGGACUUUCACUCCCGAACGGGCGCCUGAUGCGUCCUACAGAACCCUCCUGGAGGAGCGGACACUGUCCGAGUUCAAGGAAUGUGUUGUUCAGGUCUGGCCUGGCCCCAAUAAGCUGUCCGCCGCGGGCCCCAACGGUGUCUCGAACGAAGAACUCGCCAAGAGCAACCCUGGUCGGCCCUUCGAAUUUCCCGACGGCUAUAACCAGGUCUUUGGAGUCGAUCGCUAUAGAGUGGUGGAAUCCCUAUUCGAUGCCAAAGCUGCGAUUCCGGACCCCGAAUCGGUGUUCCCCGCACCAACGCCGGCCCAAACCGUGCCGGAGCUCAUAAAGAAUGCGCUGAACGGCGUCGACGUCGACAUACGCCCGCACUUACUGGCCAACGUUGUCGUGACGGGUGCCUCGAGUUUACUCUAUGGCUUCACGGACCGUCUGAACCAGGAGCUCAUGCAAAUGUUCCCAGGUCCGCGUGUGCGGAUAUCGGCCCCGGGAAACACCGCGGAGCGGAAGUUUGGCUCUUGGAUCGGUGGAAGUAUCCUCGCCAGUCUGGGGACCUUCCACCAGAUGUGGAUCUCCAAGAAGGAGUUUGACGAACAUGGCCCAAAUAUUGUGGAGAAGCGCUGCAAGUAGAAGUAUCAUCUACUCCUUUCCGUCCUUUUGUUCUUCUCCCAUGUCACCUUCUCUCUCAAAUAGGAUUCUCGCUGCCUGACCAUCUUUGUGCCCUCCAUGGAUACAGCCGAGGGGAUGCAAUAACUGUACCAGAAAGCCCGUUGAUACAAUCUAAUUCCCAAGUGAAUCUUCAGAUAACAUACUUUACUUUUUUUUGUCUUUUCACUGUUUAGCCCCGACUAGACGCACCGUCGCCGUUCGGUUUGUUCUGCUGGUCCAAGCGCAUGAACCAGAGGUCCCAUGGUGGAGAAAUUACGCUUAGGUUUCCAAUGCGUGAACCUUCUUUAACUACAGUGUAAACAUGACAAUAUAUAAGU